AUGAAAGUAUCUAUGUUGGCCGAAGCAAUGAGGAUCGCGGCCCCAUUGAGUAUUGUUCAAAAGGCGAUUGACUGUCGUGGAUGGGCAUGGAAUAGCGAACAAUGGUCAGCUUAUGCAUCAAGUUUCGACAUGGCUGAUGUAAUUAAAGAAGAAAGGGAAAAAGCUUACCAAUCUUCGAAUUUCACACGAGUAUAUCCAACAGAAGGCCCUGAAAUGAGCGUUUAUGAUAGAGUUAUGAAGGUUGCGGAUACUCUUCCUAUGGAUUUCCUACCUGGAAUCAAACUCCCCGCCCACAUUGUACGUGGCGGCGAGGCAUAG